AAGGCCAGCUGUUACUGCGCAGCCCUGGUCGUCACACAAACAAAAGUCAGCUGCCGCGUUUGGUUAUUUCUAUAAUUUAAACAAAAACGAGAAAACGUAGAUUAAUAAAGUGUAGGUGAAGGAAUUAUGCUUUACUGAUUAGCCUCGCACGAGCACAAACCACGGUAAAGAUAAAAUCAGCGAGAUAACACCAACAAAGAAGGUGCCAAACAUGCUGUCCUACAUAAAACGCAAGCUCUCCGAAUCGGACGGCGGCGUCAAUUCUGGCGCAACAGUGACGUCGUCGUGCGGUGGAAACAGUGGGAGUGGGAGCGGUACGAGCGGCACCAGCGGUAUCAGUAGUAGCGGUCGCAGCCAGAACGCCGACGAGUUAGUGCGCAAAACAAGCCAAAUGUCGAUGGAUGAUGAGGCGAUCGCCUUCGGUGAGGACGCACUGCCCCACGAACUGGGCUAUCGGAAUGCCACGGAUUUGCAGGAGACCAUCUACGAUCUGCUGCGCAGCAUUCGUGAUCCCGAGAAGCCCUGCACUUUGGAGGACCUGAACGUCGUCUACGAGGACGGGAUUUUUGUGAUGCCACCCACGCGCUCAAAUGUCUCAGUCGUACGUAUUGAGUUCAACCCCACAGUACCUCAUUGCUCACUGGCCACGCUUAUUGGACUCUGUAUACGAGUGAAAGUGGAACGUGGACUGCCCCACAAUAUUAAACUAGACAUUUACAUCAAAAAGGGAGCCCAUCAAACGGAGGAGGAAAUAAACAAGCAAAUCAAUGACAAGGAACGCAUAGCUGCGGCCAUGGAGAACCCCAAUCUGAGGGAACUGGUUGAGAAUUGCAUUAAGGACGAGGAGUAGUUCUCUUUCCUCUGGAUUUGUGUGUAUAUAGGGGAUUUUGUAAAGAAUGUCUAGGGUUAAAUAUACCAUUAAGUUGCGUCAUGGACUGUGUGCUUAGCAUUAAAAGCCCUUUAAAUCUGUUAA